ACAGUAUCUUUUUCUUUCUUUCUUUUUCUCUUUUUUCUCUCUCUCUCUCCUUUUUUUUCUUUUUUUUAUCUUAGAUAUAUAAACAUUUACACUUAUUUGGAAAGCAGCACGCAUUUAAUAAAAUUUCAACAAAAAUGUCGAAUUCUGGAUCUACUGGAUCGUUUACAGAUUCAACUGGCUUCAGUUUAGUUGGUGACAUUCUACAAAUACCAAACUACCAUUUUAAAGCUGCUCCAAUACCAAGUUUGGCACAUGGUGAAAAUGUAGAUAUUGUUUAUGGCUAUCGUAUUUCAAAUAAGAAACCAGUGGUAGCCAAAGUAUCACCAAACUCUUUGCGGUUAGAAAGAGAGUAUUAUAUCAUGAAGAGACUAUACCAACUGAGUGAUGGAUCAGCAUUUCUAGUUCGACCAUUAGAAUAUAUUCAUUUGCCCAGUGGACUUACAAUUGUAAUUUAUGCAGACGAGGGCCAAAAUUACUUGGAAUACAAUAAAAGGCAAUCAGAAGAUGCCACCAUAUCUGCACAUCAUAGACACACUUAUUCAGAUAGAGGCUCAAGUAUCAGUAGUAACGAAUCUUCAGCCAUUUUAUAUGAUGACAAAAAGCGGUAUUUAUAUAGACAGUCUGAUAUGGAUCCUGUGCCAUCCACGCCUGCUCAUACUGGUCUACCAGCUACAUUUCAUGGUGGACCUGCAUUUGACCUUGGUACCUUUUUACGGUUUGCCAUCAAAUGUACCGACUGUCUCGAAUUCAUUCAUCGCAACAAUGUGGUUCAUGGAGAAAUCAGACUCUCUGCCUUUCAAUGGACAGGCGAAGACAGUUCUCGAGUGAAAAUGUGGAAUUUUGGUUCAGGUGCUCGAUCAUUGGAGACCUACUUGACAAGUGAAGGGUGGAGAAAGACAGCAACUAACAAAGAGUCCAUGGGCAUGUUACAGAACCUGUUGGUCUAUAUGAGUCCAGAGCAAACAGGCAGAACAACUUAUGUGCCCGAUCAUCGAUCUGAUAUUUACUCGCUUGGUAUUGUCUUUUUUGUCUUAUUGACUGGCAAAGCACCAUUUGAAGGCGGACCAUUAGAAAUCUUGAACGGUAUUCUUAGUAGAAAGGUGCCGUUGAUACAUGAAAUUCAAUUGGAAGUACCUGAAGUACUUGCUCGUAUUGUUGAGAAAAUGACGCAUAAGUCUCCAGAAGACAGAUACAGUAGUGCUUAUGGUAUAAGAGCAGAUUUGAAAGAAUGUUUGAAACGCUUACGAUUUGCUUCUGAAUCUGCACAUGAAGUCAUUGAAUCUUUUCCUUUAGCUGAAAGAGAUGUUGCUUCUGUAUUUACAUUACCCAAAACUAUUUAUGGUCGACAAGGUACCAUUGUGGAGAUGACCUACAUCAUUCAACGUGUUGCUGGUGUAUAUAAAUCAAUCAAAAAUCGUCGCGAAAAGUCUUACUCAACAGGCUCCACCAUGCCUACUAUCACAAGUGAAAAUUUUCAUGCGGGUAAUGCAAGUGUGAGUGAUGAAGGCUUAAGCGAUCACUUGUCCAAUACAGAUGUGAACAGCAUGAUUGGAGGUGCAUUAGGUGCUGGCACCAAAUCCAACACUUCUCCAAGUUAUUGUAGUGGCUUUGAAGGCAGCGAUAUAUCCAGCGGCAAUGGUCGAGUCCAGGCAGCCUGCACCAAAUUCGAUUCUAGACAUCAAGUUCCUUACAGCUGUAUUUUGAAAUCACUUUCUCAAAUACUACAACAAAUCUUGUCUGAAUCUGAAGAUGAAAUUCAUGCAUUUUAUGAUCAUUUAAAAUCACAUUUGGGCGCACAGUUUUGCAAGAUUGAAUUGUUGGCUGAUCUUGUACCAGAAUUGAAACCCUUGUUAGACCCUGUUGAUAGUGAAGACUCUGAAGAACCUAUCAACCAAAUCCACUUAGAUAAUGUCGAGACUCGUAUCCGAUUCCAUACAUUAUUUGUUGAGGUCUUUCGUGCAUUGACUCAAUGGCGUAUGGUGACAUUGUUUUUGGAUGACGUGCAUUUGGCUGAUGACCCUUCCUUGGAACUGAUAGAAAGCAUGAUUGCUUCCAAAUUAAAAAUACUUAUUUUUGUUUGUUAUCGAGACCAAGAAGUGACUGAAGCGUUAGAAAAAUUGCUCUCGAACGAUUUUGCUAUUUUCCAUACAAUUCAAGUGGGUGUAUUAGACUUUGACUCGCUUGUAGAUUAUAUCAGUGAUGCCCUUCAUCGACCUCUGGAUGUGGACCGUGAUUCUAUUCUACCUUUAGCUGAAAUCGUAUACAAGAAGACGCGAGGCAAUGCUUUCUAUACAGCACAGCUGCUGGUCACGCUGGAAAAAAAAAAGUUUAUUUUUUUCAAUUGGGAAGAAAAUGAAUGGGAUUAUAAUUUAGCUGAUAUUCAUCAGGCUGUCAUGACCAAAGACGAUACAGAUCGAGAUACUGAGCUGGAUAUUGGCUUUUUAGUGAAUCGGUUAAAAGAACUGCCUCUGGACGGUCAACGGUUGUUAAAAUGGGCUUCGUUUGUAGGUGAUACCUUUUCUUGGAAUACAGUCAAAUACCUCAUGAUUGAUUCUGAUCCUGAAUCCGAAUUCUCGGAUAAUAGUACCUCUGCGUCUGAUUCAACAGCCUCUAAAAGCAAUGUAGAUGAAAUAGCCUCGUCUUCCAGAUUGAUGGCAGACUCGUUGCAUCCUUUGAUCAAAUUUUCUCAACACGCCAGUGGUUCCAACAGCAGUGUCCCUUCUACAUCAUCCACUUCUGUCACUACAAAAUCUACAUUCAAGUCGAAAAAAUCAACUUCCCGUGAUCCUAUCAAUGGUCUUCAAGCUGCUUUACAGGAAGGUUAUAUUCUACCUUUAGAAAGCGAUGAAUUCAGAUGGUCUCACGAUCGUUACUCUCAAGCUGCUAUGGAAUUAGCCAAUCCUAAAAGCCGUGAAAAGAUUCAUUUCAAGAUUGCCAAAUAUCUAAUGCAUGAGGAUCAAAUCGACAGUUUCUUGAUAGCAGAUCAUUUAUUGAAAUGUAUGAAUCUGGUUCAAGAAUUGGAACACAAGGCAGCGUACAAAGAAAUUUUGUUUGAAGCUGGUAACAAGGCUCGUAUAUCCGGUGCACACAAAAUGGCUUUUAAUUACUACAAAGCAGCUAUUUUAUUGCUGGGUCCUAAUGCUUGGGAAGAUGCUGAAUAUGCACGCACACACUACUUGUACACAAACGCUGUCGCCUUGAGUUUUAUUGUGGGCCAAGCUGAUUUAACCGAGCAAUACCUAGAAAUCAUUUUUCAAAACACAACAGAUCCUUUGGAUCGCGUCACUGCGCAUCGUAUUCAACACAAAUACUUUUUCUCUCGACAGAUGCAUUCAGAAGGAGCUACAGCACUACGCACCUGUCUUUCUGAACUUCAAUUGACUGAUUUUGACUAUGAUGGCACCAUGACACAAAUUGAUCGAGAAUAUCAUGUUGCUGUUGACUUGAUUGAUAAAGUUGGCAUUAGCGAACUCGUUAAGAUUGGACCUUGCGAUGAUCCUCGUUUGAAAGCAGCCUUGAGUGUACUUGAAGAAAUGUGUACAGCAGCCUAUUGGCUAGGAAAUCAAACCGAAAUGCUCUAUGCAGCUAUCAAGAUGGUUCAAAUCUCUAUUCGAGAAGGCAUGUGCUCUACUACAGGUAUUGGGUUUUCUUUUAUGAGUAUGUGUGCUUCUGAGUUUUAUCAAAAGUAUACCUACAGUGAAGAAAUUGGUGCAGCCGGUGUGGCUAUUGCUGAAAAGUAUGGUGGUAAUGCUGAAAAAGGUCGGACCAUUUGUCUCUACAAUAUCUUUGCUUCCAUGUGGAAAUACAACUAUCGAGAUUCAACUGCCCAGUUCCGUCAAGCUUGGCGGUAUUGUUUGUCUGCUGGUGAUCGUAUCUAUGGGUCCUUCUCUCACUUACAUGUUGCUACAACCAUGUUCUUUACGGCCAACCGAAUUUCAGAUGCUUUGCUUGAAGCUGAAAGUUGCUAUGAUGAUAUUCAUGCCUGGUCCGCUUCUGCAGAUACAAACGUGCUUGUCAUGUCAAUCAUUCGUUGUAUCAAGGCAUUACAAGGCCACACAUUUACAGACAAAGCAGAAGAAGUCUUCAAUGGUGAUGAUGGUUUCAAUGAUAGUCAUUUUGUGGCUGAAAGCUGUAAGCAAAGUGCCAAUCCUCAUGUACCUUUAAACUGGUAUGAAGCCUUUCGUCUGAUCCCUCUUGUACUCUAUGGCCAUUAUGAAUAUGCUGUCGCCCUUGGUUGUUGGGUCAUCAAUGGUAUUCACAACCAUCCUAAUCAUCGCCAUACAAGAGUCCUGUUGGCUUACCAUUCCCUUGCCGUCUUGGAAAAAAUCCGUAUGGAAAAAGACACAAUGACACAAGAAGAACUCGAUGUCUACCUUGAAAAAGUCGAAGACAAUCAAACACUAUUACGCCCAUGGGCCAAAAACUCACCUAGCAAUUACAUGUACUACUGUACACUGGUUGAAGCUGAAAAAGCAGCAGUUGUUCAGCAAGACAUGGCCAAGGCUAUUGAGUUGUAUGAAAAUGCGAUGGACCAAGCACCGUUUGGCAUGCUCAAGAAAGCCAUCAGUCUCUACAUUAACCAUGGCUCAUAUGGAAAAGCAAGACACUUGAGUACAAAAUACAAUGAUCUUUUAGCAGACUAUGAUGAUGGUCGAGUAGAAUCGCAUGACACUGGCAUUCAAACAGACCCCUUCCCCUUCAUGGGUCCUCAAGCUAGCUGGAGUACAUCUUCCUUGGGUGUCAUCAAUACUUCUCUUAACGAACCUUUUGUGUCUGAGAUUAUUCCACCUGUGACUACAGAGCAAACUCUGUUGACUCUGGAUAUCCUUGACAUGGCUUCUAUUCUCAAGAGUUCUCAAGUGAUUUCAUCCGAAGUUAAGUUUGAUAGUUUAUUGAAAUCCAUGAUGUCUAUCAUUUUGGAAAAUUCAGGCGCUGAUUGUGGUGCUAUCAUUGUCAAAGAAGAAAAGUAUGGCGUGUGUGCCUAUGGAAGUCAACAAGAUGGUGCCAUGACAUUUGAUCCUCCUCGUUUACUUGCAGAAGACGAUGACUUGGUAUCCAAUCGUAUUAUUCAUCAUACGAUCAACACAAGCGAAAGUAUCUUUAUUCAUAACGUGGAGCAAGAUGCUCGGUUUGCUGUAGGACCCUGGUACAACCGUGUUGGCGGUAAGUCCGUCAUUUGUAUGCCUAUUAUCCACAAGAGCGCGCUGGCUGGCUGUCUCUUCCUCGAAGGUUCCAGUGGUAUCUUUACACAACGCCAUGUGACAGUCCUCAGUCUACUCUGUCAACAAAUGGGUAUUUCCAUCACUAACGCUUUCUUGUUCAAGUCCGUCCAACGUGUGACAAUGGCCAAUAUGCGCAUGAUUGAGAUGCAAAAGAAGGCUUUGGAAGAUGCUCGAAAAAGUAAAGAAGCUGCUGUACGCGCUACUCGGUUACGAGAAAUUUUUUUGGCUAACAUGAGUCAUGAAAUCCGAACACCUUUCUCAGGCUUUUAUGGUAUGAUUUCUCUUUUGGCAGAGACAGAAUUAGAUCCAGACCAACGUGACCUGGUCAAAACAGCCAAAGAGUCUUGUGAGAUUCUGUUGCAGAUUAUUGAUGAUCUUUUAAAUUUCUCCAAGUUGCAGGCGGGUAAAGUCACUUUGGAUCUGGCACCUGUUGUAAUAGAAGACUUGAUUGCUGAUGUUGUUGAGAUGCUGAUCGCUAUGGCUAUUCAAAAGAAUAUCAAUAUUGCCUAUGUGGUUGCAGAUGAUGUACCUACGGUGGUGAUGGCUGAUGGAAACAGGCUCAGGCAGGUAUUGAUCAACCUUUUAGGCAAUGCUAUCAAAUUUACCCAUGAAGGCGAGAUACGGAUCAGAUGUUCACUUGAUACAACGACUCAAAUCAGUCAUCCAGACCAAGCUGCUCUGUUAUUUGAAGUGAUUGAUACAGGUAUUGGUAUCAGUGAUGAGCAACGUAAAGUCCUGUUUGAACCCUUUUCUCAAGUAGACGGUAGUACAACUCGCAAAUACGGUGGCACAGGUCUUGGUCUAUCUAUCUGUCUUCAACUUGUAGAACUCAUGUCUGGAUCCAUCAAUGUCUCCAGUGUACCUGGAAAAGGUUCCGACUUUUAUUUUAGUGUCCGUGUCUCCAAAUUAGGAUCUCAAAACAAAAACAAGACAUUACCAUCCGAAGGCUAUUCUGAUGAACGCAACAAACUCUUGCGCUGUAUUUCCACACUCAAAGUGAUUGUCGUCUCAAAAUACACAGCUACAAUAGACUCUAUUCGGUUUCUUUUGCCCGGUAUGCAUGUAGACGGUGUCAUUCAAAUUGAAGAAUUCAAGAAACUAGUGACACAAAAUAAAUACGAUGUGAUCAUCGUAGGCCUGUACAUGAACCCCGAGCAUACGCCUACUGCACGUUCUUCAGCGUGGUUAGAAGAAGCCAGUCAAACAAACAAAGAUGGUUUGAUCAUCAUCACAAACUAUCCAGCUGUGGGUGCUAUGAAUGGCAAGACAGGACUUAUUGAAGAUAUAUCAAAUCAAAAACUAUCAUGCAAAGCAAUUCGUAUGGCAGUGCCACUUCGACGUGCAAAACUACAGCGUACGAUUGGUGAAAUACUCAACAAAAAAUUACCUACACCGACAACACAUCAUGUCAAGACAAAGCCCGAAGCUUUAAUCACAGAAGAAGAGCGAGCUAUGUUUAGUAAACUCAAUAUUCUGAUUGCUGAAGAUAACCCUGUUGCACAAAAACUAUUGCUUAAGCAACUCACUCGCCUUGGUUUCCAAGUGGUAUGUGCCAAUAAUGGUCUUGAAGCCAUCAAUGCUUGGAGUAAUCACCCAGAAGGGUAUUUUACCAUGGCCUUUUUUGAUCACCAUAUGCCAAAAUGUGAUGGUGUAGCAGCUGCUAAACGAAUUCGAGAGAUAGAAGCUCAAGAGAACAGAAAGACUCGGUUCCCCAUUGUAGCUUUGACUGCGGAUGUUCAAGAGAGUGCAAAACAAAUCUGUAUGAAUGCAGGCAUGGAUGGAUACUUGACUAAACCAUUAAAUCAAAAAGUGUUGGCUGAAUCAUUAAGAACCUAUUGUUCUUGCUCUACUUAUAAUCCUAUAUCAUUAAAUUAUGCCUGUACAAAAUAAUAUAUAUAUUUAUAUAUAUAUUUAUAUAAAAAGCCUAGAAUCUCAUUGUUUGUCAUUUUAAAUAAACCAUGCGGUCACAAGCACGAGUCGUGUCU